AUGAGCGCGACAAUGACAAUGACCGCCGCGCACCCGCCGCUAACACCGCCAACCCUCUCCCUCUCAACCGACCGCUCAGAGCAACAUUCAUGCCCUUCCUGCGGUGUCGUCCUCGAAGCCCCCCCCGCCCUCCUCGAAGCUCAGUCCCGCAUCGCCGACCUCGAAGCCCAGGUCCGCCUCCUCAACCAAAAGGCCGCCGCCGCCGUCGACCGUUGGGCCGACUACGAAGACGAGCUCACACGUCUGCGCAUUGCCGCCUCCCACCGAACCUCCACCCCCGCCGCCUCUCCCGGUCUCGCCCCCGCGCUGCCUCUCGCUCCCAGUCCUUCGCCCACCCGCACCAGUUUUUUGAGCGGCGGCGCAAAUAGGUUGUCACAGCUUCUCAGCCCGCGGGGCAUGAAGUCCUCGCCGAACCUGCGCACGCCGUCACCGCCGCCUGACGGUCCCGCAUCGACGGAGGAUCUGCGGGAGGCGCUGGGAAGAGAGCAGAGGAUGAGGAUGGCUGCGGAGAGCAGGCUGAGCACGACGAGCCAGGAGGUGGAGGAGCUGAGCGUCAGUCUCUUCGAGCAGGCCAACGAGAUGGUCGCGACGGAGCGGCGGGCGAGGGCAAAGCUCGAGGAGAGGGUCGAGACGCUGGAGAAGCGGGAUAAGGGCAAACUGAGGCGGUUGGAUAGGCUCGAGGGCGCCGUGGGCCGGAUCGAGAGGGUGAGGUCGCUGCUGGGGGAGAUGAAUGCCAGGGACGAAAGUGUGAGGGAGGCAGCGGAGCAGAAGAGGGCUUCGCAGCCGUGA